AUGAAAUUAUUGGUCACGGGUGGUGCUGGGUUUAUCGGUACCAACUUCAUCCGAUACUGGCUACAACACAAUUCGGACGAUGCAAUCGUUAACUUUGACCGGCUGACGUACGCUGGAAAUCUCUCCAAUCUGACGGACAUAGCGGAAACCCAUUAUCCAAAGCGGUACAGGUUUGUGCACGGCGACAUUCUGGACUUUGCCCUUGUGGAAAGCAUUCUGAAAAAAGAGUGUCCGGAUGUAAUUGUCAAUUUCGCUGCGGAGUCACACAACAGUCGGGCGAUUCUGCAUCCGCGGCGUUUCUUUGAAACGAACGUGAUGGGGACGCAGGUGUUACUGGAUGCGUCUCGGAGUACGGCGUGCAGCGGUUUCAUCACAUCUCUACGUACGCCCUACAAUGCCUCUAAAGCGGCAGCGGAUCAUCUCGUGAACGCCUACUUUCAUAGCUUCGGUAUGCCGAUAACGAUUUCCAAUUGUGCGAACAACUACGGUCCGUAUCAGCAUCCGGAGAAACUCAUUCCGCUCUUUGCAACGAAUGCAAUCCAAGAUUUACCGUUAACGCUCUACCGAAGCAGUCAUAACCGACGCGAAUGGUUGCACGUUGAGGAUCAUUGCCGGGCAAUCGCGGCAGUUCUCGAGUACGGCAAAAUUGGCGAGACCUACAAUGUUGGGAGUGGCGUGGAGAAGAGUAUUGAAGAGAUUAGCGAUUUCAUAUUGGAUAUUCUUGACAAACCGCAGCAUCUGAAAACUUAUGUUCCUGACCGACCCGGGCAUGAUUGUCGUUAUCUCUUGGAUUCAAGCAAGAUCGCCCGUGAUGUCGGGUGGAAACCGGCUAUCGCCUUUGAAGAUGGCAUGCGCGAGACGAUUCGAUGGUACGUCGAAAAUUGGAAAUGGUGGCAGGAAAUUCAACAGAAAGUAGAUAGUGAAAUGGUUCAAGAGGAUAAAUGGGAAAGAUUCACAGAGAGGUAA